AUGUCAGUUGCUUCACAGCCCACCUCGUCUCAGCAAGACCAACACAAAAGUGCUGCCAUCUCUGACCGUUCGCAAGCACCCGCAAAACAAGAGCCAGUCUUUGUGUCCACCCUCACCGCCGAGGAGACUUCCUCACCGGAGCAGACUUCAUCUGAUUCGUUCAGAGCGCCUGCAAUCCAAUCCGAAUUCUCCAAGCAGCCCAAGCUCAAGAGCAUCCUUGACAAUCCAAACGAUGUCCUUCCGUGCAGAGCAUCAAGGUCCGGUAGCGAGUCUGGCUUCAAAGCUGCCCUCAAAGCCACUUUUCUACCGCCUCCUACUCCUGGACGUCAGGUCAAGCUCAAAGACGGCAGAACACUAGGCAGGUCUUUUCAGCGCACAGAGCCUCGUUCCACGGAUUUCGAAGGAGGCGAAGUACUCGACUAUGAUCCACGAGGCAAAAAUGCUUCCGCUGGCGAUGGUAUCUUACCCACAGUUUGUCUCUACCCUCCUUCGACGUCUCCGGUGAAUAGCACUAGUGGGUCUGGCUAUGGCAGUGAUAAGGAUAGCGGUCUAAGCACUCCCAGCGAGACGGAUGAGUCGGCCGACUAUUCUCACUCUUACACCUCCGAGACUAACUCCGCCAUGGGCUCUUCGACAAACACUUCGUCCGAACGGGGUCGUCCAGCAAUUUCGGUGCCCAGCCGAGCACGUGAGGGCUCGAUGGCGUCCACCACUUCUAGCAGUAGUGGUGCCGCAAUCAGAUUCUGCCCGCUCCCGGUAUCCGGACGACUGAAACGUGCUAAUUCGAUCACCAUCGGUGUAGCCGCGCGAUCGCAUCUGCUCCAGUCGCAAGGUUCUGCUGCGCCGCUCAGACCGUCGUACGCACCACAUCAUGUUCAUGGCUCGCAAAGCUGGUAUACAAAUGCCGGUCACAACGCAAACGCAGCCACUCACCUGAGGCAUGCCGACGUCGUUGAUGUUGGAGAAGAGAUAAAGAAAGGUGCUUCCAAGGCAUGGAAAUUCAUCCGAGGUGGAGGGGCUAGCACCAGCGACAGCUCGGGUGGCAAAGCCAAACAAGUUUCUGACAGCAGCAAUGCAAUUCAGACAAAAGCAGCGCAAUCGGCCAUGUUCGACCAACCCAAGAAGGCGUUCCCCAAAGAAGGUGCACCGGUAGCAGACCCUGAGACGGGAGAGCUCAAGAUGGCUGAUGGCUCUGCCCUCGGCUCCUCAUCGGAGGUUCCGAAUGGCCGAAUCUCAGAUUCAGCCAAGAAGCUCCCAGCAGCUGACUCAGGACCUCAGAGUGGGGAUCAUACACCGCGCCGCGCAAUUAGCCCCACCGCACAGUUGCAGAGCAUGUCAAUUUCGGAAGAUCCUGAAGCCGAAGAGGCUGCCGCAGCUCUCGAAGCCGCGCAUGCUAACAAUGCAGCUAAGCAAAGCCGUCGACCCAAUGGCCACCACCCGCACGAGCUUUGCGAUGGUCCCCAGCACAACACAUUUCACCUUGCCGACGAGCACGACACAGCACACUUGGACUCGGGUGCUGCCACGCCAAGAAGUGGUAUACAACGUCGAUUGUCGACCGGUGCCUUUUUGCGAGGUCUAUCCAUUCGUGGUAUCCAAGAAGAUCGUAGAAGAGACCUGCUUGGUUUGGAUCAGGAUGGCGAGCCACAGCAAAGCAACAGCGCUGAGCUGGCAAGCGAUGAAAAAACAUCAGGGGAACACAACAGACACGGCAUUGCCGUGAGGACGCCAGCUGGUAAAGAGGAAGAGCUCGGGUUGGAGGGUUAUGGGCAUUCAAGGCAGAGCCAUUCAUAG